CAAAGUUUGUCAAUCUUGUUGCAAUUUUGGUGUUUCCACUGCUUAAACAGACAUGUAUAUCUGGUAUCUUGUUUGCUCUUGUUUCCUGCUCAUGCUACCUUGUGAUGCUUAUUGUGGCAAAACAGUUAAGAUACAAGAAGAUAUUCUCCAUUCCUUGCUAAACAUGAAAAGACCAUCAUGUGGCAGAAGAAUAUCAUCAGAUGUAACCAAUGUCAUAGUUUGUGAAGGUCAAUUUGCUUACGUGAGAUGCAAAUAUCCGACAAAAAUAAAAGUUGUAAAGGCUGUAUAUGGUCGUUCGGAAGAUAAACGUAUUUGUCCACACAGCAGCAUCAAAACUACAUCAUGCAAGUCAUCAUCAUCCGAUGCAAAGAUUAAAAAGCAGUGCAACGGGAAAAGAAUUUGCAAAGUUGAAGCCACCAAUAGUCUUUAUGGCGAUCCGUGUGGUGGCACAUACAAAUAUACUGAACUGAAAUACAGAUGUUAUUAAAACAAUGAAGUGUGUUAUGUAGAAUAACAUUAAAAUUUUAUUUGCAAUCCGAAA